UAUAACCUGUGCAGUGACACACAGAUUGCACAAUCGUGAGCCUGCUCAGAUAUAGACGACGUGUUUUGUGUGGAACGUGGUCUAAAUAACAUGGCGAACAUUCAGGUAUAUCACUUCAUCGGAAGUCCGCCAAGUCAAGCUGUCAUCAUGACAGCUAAGACUCUUGGUGUACCACUGGAGUUGAAACGACUCGACUUUAUGAAGAAAGAACAUCUUCAGCCAGAGUUUACAAAGAUAAACCCGGAUCAAACCGUCCCAACAAUGAUAGAUGAGGACUUCAUACUGUGGGAGAGCCGAACUAUCAUGCGUUACCUGGUGGGGAAGUUUGGGGGUGAAGACAACAGUCUGUACCCCCGGGACCUCCAGAAGAGAGCGGAAGUGGACCGACUCCUGGACUAUGACCUGGGGGUCUUCUACAAAACCUUGAUUGAAGGUGUGUGGCUGCCAUUCAAAGACAGAACUCCGAAGACAAAAGAACAAGAAGAGAAAGUCACGAAGGUCCUCUCACGAUUUGAUACACUACUCAAGGAUAAGAAGUUCCUGACCGGAGAUAAUCUCACCAUUGCCGACUUUUCGAUGGUUGUUGGCUUUAUAGUCGAGUUAGUCUAUGAAGGCGAUAAGUCAAAGUUCCCCAAUGCUAUGGCGUGGUACAAGAGAAUGCAGGAAGAAACAUGCUUCAAAGAAACGUAUGACACAAUCAAGGACUUUGUGGAAAUGAUGAAGAAGCAACACGCUGAAAUGCCAUAACGCAGAUGUUCAGGUCUUAUGCAAGGAUCGCAACUGCAUUGUUGUCACAACGCCAGGUGUUGUAACUAGCUGUAGGUUCACAUAAUCUUCAUCGCUAUUUUGCCAAGGGAAUCUGCCAAGUAAUAUUUCGGGGUACAUACUGGCUGUAAGGUUGUAUCAAUUAUCAUUUUAAAAAGUAUGAAAAAAAACCGUAAUACAGUAUCUUAUACAAUGUAA